AUGGCGGCCUCCUGUGCACAACUCAGCCGUCAAAUUUGCAAGACGAGCCGGUUAUUUAAUAAAACCUUAAAGGAACCAUGGCAUCGGAGGUCUUUUGGACUCAGCCCUGCUGUUUGCCAAGAACCUGCAGCAGCAGUGUCAGGCUCAGAAGCGGAAAUUGUGAUUCCAAGGAAGAAAACAUGGAGUAAAGAGGCUGUGUUGCAGGCUCUGGCGUCCACUGUGAAUCGGGACCCGACUGCGAGUCAUUACAUGUUUCAGGAUGAUUCCUAUCUCACACCAAGAACAUCUGGAGAGUUUAAACUGUAUUCUUUGUCCCAGGAAUCAGGCAGAAAUGCAGCUAAAUAUUUCAUCAACACAUACCCCAAGUACUUCCAGAAGGACUUUGCAGAACCUCAUAUUCCAUGUUUAAUGCCUGAGACUGUGGAGCUGCAAAUAGAGGAGGUGUCCCAGGCAGCUCUUGUGGAGCGCAUCAGGCUGAGAAAGGUCAAGGCGGCUGUGGACAUGUAUGAUCAACUGGUGCAGGCAGCCACACCCCCAUCACUGGAUCUGACCAAUGACCUGUUGGAUCUGAUUUGUCUGUAUGGAGAUCGAGAUCCACCACGAGAAGACUCCCCAGAACAGAGAACUGAUGAUGUGGGAGAAGAGCAAGACGACUCGAAGAGGAGAAAGGGAAGACCACGACGAGCCUCUGAGCUACUCACGAUCGUGUGGAGGGAGAACAAUAAUGCACAGAGGAUCUUUAACACCAUGCCGGAACGAAACAGUCGAUCAUACGGCGCGCUCAUCAGGGGCAUGGUGAAGUAUGGAGCUUACUCCAAGGCUUUGGACAUGUACACGGACCUGCUGAACAACCGACUGAUGGCUGACGUGCACACCUUUAGUGCCCUCAUCAUCGCCGCUGCAGAAGUGAAGGACAAAUACAGUGAUAGAUGGGAGCUGAUCAUUGACUUGCUGAAACAGAUGGCUCAACAGAAGGUGAAGCCCAACCUGCUGACAUUUAACACUGUGCUGAAGGUACUGCGUCGGUGCGGCUCGUUGGCCAGAGUGCAGGCCUUUCCCAUCCUCAAUGAAAUGAAAGCCCUCGGCAUCGAGCCCAGUUUAGCCACCUAUGAUCAUAUCCUUGGUAUCUUUUAUAAAGCAGCCAGCUCAGCUCAAGGCCACACCGAGAUCCUCCAGGAAGUGUUGAAUGAGAUAUCAGGAAAGAGCUUUACUGCCCAGGACCCAGACGAUGUGCAAUUCUUCCCAAAUGCGAUGAGAGUUUGCCUGGACAAUAAAGACAUUGAACAGGCUUACAGAGUGCAUGGCCUGCUAGAAGUAGGAGACAACUGGCAACUUUUGGGGGAUUCCUAUCACCAGAGCAUCUACUACGGGCGCUUUUUCAACCUGCUAUGUAUGAUGGAGCACAUCGACGUGGUGCUAAAGUGGUACAGAGAGUUAAUUCCCUCACUUUAUUUCCCCAAUUCUCAAGGAAUAAAAGAUUUGCUUCAGGCACUUGACAUGGACAACAGAUUAGACUUGAUUCCUCAAAUAUGGAAAGAUAUCAAACAGAUGGGACAUGACAACAAGACAGACCUGCUGGAGCAGAUUCUUUCCCUCAUGGCCCGGGAGAAACAAGGUGCAGAGGUUCAGCAGUCAUUUGCAGAGUGUGCUCUGGAUGUAAAGAAACUGUACACGCAGACUGACCGUGGCAGAGCGCCACUCAACUGGUCAACAAAUUCCCUUAGUAGCAUCACUUCCAUUCUGCUGGCAGCAGAAAAGACACAGGAGGCUGGGGAAAUGUUGAACAUCUUCAAAGCCACCAACAGAAUUCCAUCUGAUGACCUGGUGAACGAGUUUUUUGCCUGUAUAAAGGCGCACAACGAUGCCCAGCAGGCCGUUGAGCUGGUUCGGCUCUCGGCAAGUUUUUGCCUGCCUGUCACUCCAAAUCUCAUCGAGAGGGUGCAGGAGGAGUUUGAGCUAACCGAUGAGCAAAAGAUGACGUUGUCCGAUCUGGAGUCUUCUACACAUGAGGGAUUUGAUUAAAACACUGUGACGCUACCUCCAGUGGGUCAGAACAAGUGGAUGUGGGUGUCUUACUAUGGCGAGAGAGAAGGAACAAACCGCGAAGGGAAAAAUACCGCGCGCUGACGUCAUUAAGGUGCGACGCGAGGAAAUAAAAUAAAUUCAACAAAUGUUUGGGUUUUUACUGAACAAACAAACAAAUAAAAUGAACGAGUGACUUAAAAAAAAGAAUGUGGGUGUCUUUGUAAAAACUGUUUUGAUUGGGUAUUAUAACAGAGCAUGCUGCAUGCUUUUUGGUUUUGUAGCGCAGAGUACCUGGCUAACUGCAGGAAGCGGUUAGCUGCACAGCUAAUGUAGCCAUUGCAAGGCUAACGUGGCACCGAUUUUAAAACACGGCAAAACGACUUAACAGUUAUACACUUACUUGUUCGGUGUUUGUUGCUGAUGCGGCAGGGAUGCUUGGUACGGACCCAGGCUUCAGUGACAGUUGAUGUGCAAAACCUGCCCUGUACUGUCCCAAGUUGUGGAAACAUUCCUCAGGAAAAUGCUCCCGACAAACAUACACCGUCUUAGGUAGACUCGACGGCGUAUUAUUGAAGUAAAUAAAAUUAAGCCACUGCGUCUUCAGGGGCUCUCCCGUCGGCAGUAAAAACAGACUCUUUUCUGUGUUGUCACAUCCAUGUACAGCGCAAUUUC